GGCAACUCCUGUGCUAUAAUACGUGAUCAUUUCCUCUCGACUAGAGUUCUAGGGCUUUCCGUCUUUCAGAAGGUCGCCAUUCUAUCCUUCUUACAGCCUGUUCUAUGGUCAGCGCAAUACAAUGGCAAGUUUACGUCGCGGUCCUUUCACAUGCUUUCAUUCUGAUACCUACCCAGAACGUGCAAUUCAACCAGGCACUGAAGCAGUCCACUGCCGUACGACGAGAUCUCGAGACUUUUGCCCAGGCGCCAGCCACUGCCUCUCCUGCUCUGCAGGGCCAGAUUUCCACUACACUGACGAGUCUGGCAAGAACGCUAGAUGAUUACCAGAACCUCUCGCGAAACGAGCUCAACGAAGAGAAGAAAGAGAAGGCAGCCGAGAGAUUAAAGAAUUUCAGAACAGAGCUAUCCUCCUAUCGCGCACAAUUCGACCAGCUUAAGAAAGAACGUGAAGGUGCGGUGGCAGCGAACAACCGGAACGAGUUAUUGGGAAGACGCCCUCAUCAUGCCGCAACUCCUGAAAAUCCAUACGCACACGCGUCGAGCCAGAGCGCGUUUGCACCGGCGCAUCGAAAUACACAGGACGGCUUGUCAUUUGGCGCCGGCCCCAGCAAUUACUCCCGCGAGGAUCACGCUCUCCGUGAACAGAGUUUCUUCGACACAGCCAAUGCCCAGAUUGACGAAUUCUUGGAUCGUGGACGAGCAGUUCUAGGGGAUUUGGGACAACAGCGAGAAAUCUUGAAAGGCACACAGAAGAGACUCUACAGCGUGGCCAACACUCUGGGAGUCAGCGGAGACACGAUACGCAUGGUUGAGAGGAGAGCAAUGCAGGACAAGUGGAUUUUCUGGGGAGGAGUGAUUGUGUUCUUCCUGUUCUGCUGGUUGGUCAUCCACUUCCUCCGGUGAAAUAUGCACCGAUUUCCUAUCGCUGGCGAAGAGAAGCAUUGCUUGAGAGACUCUCUCUCCCUCAUCGUCUCUUGUGAAGAUCGCCAAAGUGCACCACAUACGGAGGCUCCAUAUAUCUACGGCGACCUAACAUCGCCAUUCAUACAUUCGAGACUCACACGUCGCACAUGCUACAGUAGUAGCAGACGGCAAAAAGAGACAAGAUGAGUAGUGAGUAGCAAGAGCCGGAGGCUCUUCUAUGACUCACUGAAUCAACGCCUAGGAGCAAAUCCAGAACGGCGACGACUGAAAUUCGAAUCGCUCUAUUCAUCACCCAUCACACUCGCAGAGCUCCCGACCGGAGGGUGCGUCAAGUUGAAUGAUAUAAAGGACACGACAUUGUCAUUCCAAGACCUAACCACAUCCGAUCCUAAACAUUGACCUGCUGAGACUUGCAGCUGGUGGCUGGAGAGCGCCAUUACUGUAAGACUGUACGACAGGUUCAGAAAUCGAGGACUUGACAAUUCACCAAUGCCCUAAAAGAUGGUUCUCUUGACUGAUUGUCACACUACCCAUGGAGACUGAUGAAUGUACGACCAUACUUGAAUAGUCUACUGACUUGGCGGCAGCUCUCAUGUACUCCCGCCUAAUUUACCACUCCAUAGGUACCUCGUAAGCAAUGAAAAGUAUGCCUCCCUACCUUAAAUACUUGACAAGCAGACUUUGCAUUUUGGCUGUAGCCAAAUAUUGAUAGUGAGACACAUGCGUUGGCGGAGCCGCACGGACAUCUAACUUGGAAUGUAUGACAACGAACCAAUACGCCCAGUUGUAUUGCAUAGAGAUUACUUCGAAUCAGGAGAAGAGUGGCACCGACACAAUUUAGUGAAGAAGAAGAAAAGGACAUUCAGGAGUGCAGAAAGAGAAAGGGGAGCAGGGGCGACAGUGCCAAAG